UGUUAACGUGUCCUUGUCUUGAUAAAACGACAAUUCCCGCAGAUGUUGAUAUCAAUGCAGUGACAAAUUUCUUGCAAACGCUUUCUACGAAUGCGCAAAAGCGAAUUGACGAACUACAAAAAGAGGCAAAUACACUGCGAGAAAAUAUUGACUCGAUCUUUGACAUCGAUGACAUGAGGGAGGAACCGUAUCAUUUACACAGCGUUAUUGUCCAUGAAGGCGAAGCAAAUGUUGGACAUUAUUGGGCUUAUAUAGCUAGUUCUCCGGUAAGCAGUGACCAAGAUAAAGAAGUACCGUGGCGUAAAUUUAAUGAUAAAAGCGUUGAACCUGCAACUUGGCAACAAAUUGAAGAAGAUUCAUUUGGUUCGAGAAGAGCUUGCUCUGCAUAUUGCUUAGUUUACACGAGAAAGAAGUGUGAGAACGUGCUCUAUGGACAAGAGCAAAAGCAGCCAGCUCAAUCGAUCGUCGAAUUGAUUGACAGCUUGCCGAAUGAUCUAAAACUUGAAGUUUCUGCGGAUAACGCUUUGUUUGAUUCAGAAACAAUCAAGUGGGACGCUGACCAUCCAACCGUUGUAUAUGAUCCUGAAAAGAAAACUUUUGUUAACCUUCCUCUACCUUCCAGUGAUAUGGACUUGAUGGAAAUGGUAUCUUACAAAGGUCCAGUUGAAUUCGGUAUACUAUGCAAACGACAUUAUGAACUUGCAGCACGAUUUUUCGGAUUGUUCAUGUUGAAAAGUGCCUUGAGUGCUUUGAAUAUAAUGGACGAAUUGUUUUUGGAGCGGGAUGAAAGUGCAUUUAGUCUGAUACAAGAGGCAAGACUGCUUGCAAACCACGUGGGUCAUUAUGAAAAAGCACAGAAAAUGUCGACUGUGCCUUAUGUUGACAGAUUAAUGUUCUUGAUCGAUUGGGCAUCAAUAUUUGGCAUACCAUUAAAUAACCCAGCAAGAUCGGUUUUUAUUUUACGAAUGAUAAUGAAUGUGGAUAAAGCGCAAUAUUCUAAUGUGAUAUCAACUUGCGAGAAAGUUGUUGAGAAAUUUAUUGGAGAUGAUCCGUCGUCAGAAAUGACCUUAAACAAUACGCAUGUCCUUUACGAGUUGUUUUGUCAAAUGAUAACAUUGUUGAAUGAUAUCGUCAAAAAAGUUGACCUUUCUUCAAUCAAGCAGGGCAGGACUGUGCUUUCUAUGGAUAUACAGCAAUCACGUCUUCUCUGUGUUUCGAUUCGAAUGAUGGAGAAAAUUGAUAUGUAUGCGACAGUGAAGUCUUCUAACUUAGAGCAAAAGCUCUUUUUCUGUUUGGUACACAACGCCCUUCUUAUCAUUUAUGUCAUUAGGAUAAGUCAACGUCUUAUUGAUCAUAUCGGUGAUGAAUCAGAUGAUAGUAUUUUGGCAAACAAUGAAAAUUUCUUGGACAAGGAAUACAAAGCAAUGAUUGUUCGACUGCACAGGAUGGGUAACGACGCCUCCGAAAAGACGAUCCAGUAUGUCAUUUCUAUGUGGAACCAGCUGCUAUCAAAUUCGAACGGUUUACAGAGAGUGCCUUGGGUUUAUCAGAAAAUUUUGGAUGCAUCGGAGCAGAAAACACCGUCAAACAUGCCAGCACCAAAACUGAAUGUGAAAGCAGCAAAUUCAGGAUACGAUCUUUUCCUCUUAAGGCAAGCUAUGGAUGCUAAUCUCGAAGUCAAAUGCGCAGAUGAUUUAAAUAUUUUAGUACGCACAGUAGUUCAGGGGAAAAGCAACAUCAUUGAUAAUGCAAGUAGUAAUUGA